AUGGAGGAGAUGUCGAAUAUUGUCUUCGCCUGGAUGCUGGACCAGAUCAAAGGGUUCGUCUCGCUCAACGAAGAGACGCUGCAAAACGAGCGGAUCGAACGCCAAAUCAGACUUACGAAACUCAACAACACUCUGAGCUGGUUUAAUGAGCGAGUCGAUCGGCGCAAAGCAGAGUCGUGUGGCAAGUGGCUCCAGCGAGUUGGCCAAUGGGCUACAUCCUCGAUCUUGCAUCCUCUCACCCCGAGUGACAGGCCCGCCUACAUGAGCGAGCGCAUCUACACAUGGGGUCUCGGUGACUACCCGACAACUUCGGAAUCGUUUAUGUGUGCAACGGCCCCAGACCACGUACACCAGACCGCUAUGCCUUCGAUAAGAGGGGCCAGAAACUCGGCGAGACGUUCGAACAAGUCCAUCCGGUUGUGA